UCUUAGUUCAACCGGGAGCAGCUUGCACCCCCCAAUGCGUGGCCCUCGAAACAGGGGGGCUGCUUGUAGAGUAGCAUGUCAGCGCUUAGUGCGUCGAAAUCUGGCGCACGCAGCGCGCGCGGCCCAAAGCGGAUCGACUUAUCUGGCUAUGGUGCGCCUCUCAGCGCCAGGGGGACUUCAAGCGAUAGAGGUCCAGCAUCAAAGAUGCAGACUCUGCCAAGCACCACACUGACACCAGCGCCAAGUGUAAAGCGCAAACCUAGCGAGAUCGUUGCAGCCGCUCGGCAAGCUGGUGGGCUCAUGACGCUGGAGCGCCAGGACCUGGCAACAACGAGAAUUAUUUCUUUUCAAGACAUGAACGACUUCACGCAUCAGGUGGACUCGGUGGUUCCAAUGGACGAGCCGCUUUUCAAAGCGAGUCCUUCCGAGAUUCGAUUUGCAAAUUUUGAGAGUCUGCAGAACCUGGAUGCCACACUGAACUUGCGCAAUCAAGACAAUGUGGCAAGAAGGGUGAAAAUCCUGCAGCCAGAUAGCACCUUUUUCAAGGUCUUGCCGGGCAAAGGCCGCAAAGCUGACGCUGGAGACAACAAGGUAGCUCCUGGAAUGGAGGUGUCCUACAUAGUGCGCUUCACUCCAGAUCAGCAGGUCGAAGACUAUUCUUAUGACUUGGUGGUGAUCACCGAGCGCGAACGAUUCCUGGUGCCCAUCCGUGCCACGGGCGGUGGCGCUUUGUUGGACAUGCCCGAUGAAUUAGACUUCGGCCUGUCACCUGUGAAGUACGAGGCGCCCAAAACCAUUAUGGUCCGCAAUGUCGGAGAGAAACCCACAAAGUUCUUACUCAAGGUUCCGCCACCCUUCAGCACGUCCAUUCAAGAUGGCUAUCUCGAGGUUGGCGAGAUCAUGCAGGUAGAUGUGGUUUUCAGACCCGACAAAGCAGAGCCCUAUGAGCGAGAGAUGGUUGUGAUCUAUGGGGAUGGAAUUGAGGCCUAUGUCUCCCUGCGCGGCAGAGCUGAGAAUGUCAAUGUGACUUUCUCGGCAAGCCAGCUGCAAUUGGAGGAUACCUUCAUCGCUUUGUCGACGCAGAAGACGAUCGUGAUCCACAACAACUCAGAGAUUCCGGUGGAUUUUAGCUGGCGUGCUUUCCCCUCCAUCCAGGAGGAGAUCAGCCAAAAGUUGAAGCUACAGGUGCAGCUGAAACAAGAAGAACAAGACGAGGCUUCAGCUAUACAAGAGCUACACUCCGCAGGCGAGUCAGAGGCAGAGUCGGUCUUGAGCGAUACUUCCGAAGAGUAUGAUACCAGGUGUACAUCGCUGAAAGGAAUUGAGAUGGCCCAAGGGGCCCUCCAAAGAAGAUACAAGAACAUUACCAAGGCGAUCCUGGAGGACCCCAUGUUCUUCUAUGAUGAGAUCUUUGCCGUCGAGCCACUGUCUGGGCGCAUUUGGGCCAAGUCCAAGAUUGCAAUUACAUUUACCUUCACGCCAAAGGCUGCUUUGAAUUACCAAUGCCUUGCAUACUGCUCAGUGGUUGGCCGGGCUGAGCGUCUUCCAUUGCUUUUGAAAGGAACAGGAAUAGGGCCCAAGGCUGCCUUCUCCUAUGAUGAGCUGGAUGUGGGAGAUAUUUUCGUGGAAUCCGUGCACCAGUACGAGGUCAACCUCAUCAACCAGGGAGACAUCGAUGUGGAAUUUCGCCUUGUACCAAAUUCCUCGCCAUUCGGAUCGAUCUUCAGUUUCAUGCCGAGUGAUGGACGACUGGAAGUUGGGGGUGAGUGCACCAUUGUGGUGGAGGUUUGUCCAGACCUGCUGGGUGAAUUUCAGGAGACAUUCUAUUGGGAACUGAUUGGCAGCACCUCGAAGAUCGGGCUCAGCUUCAGGGGUCAUUCGGUCUCUCCAACCUUCCAUUUCGAUUUGGACCGGAUCUCCUUUGGUGUGGUGAGCUAUGGCUUCCUGAACUCCAAGACCCUCACCUUGACGAACACCUCUGAGGUGCCUAUGAGGUUUGCCCUGAGAAUACCUGGCGAUGGAAGAUUCACGCAGCGAGAAUUUGACGUGAUCCCACCCAAGGGCACGCUGCUUCCAAACUGUGCGCAAAAGGUUCAGAUUGACUUUGUGAGCUCGGCCCUCAGUGACCUCACUUCACUUCAGAUGCUUUGGCUUGUGGAACGAGCUGUUUUGGCACGAUCAGAUGUAUCAGAGGAGCUGGCCAGUAUUCCUAUCCAAGCUCGCUGUGCUGUGCCACAAGUGGCGUUAGAACCUGCAGAGCACGUGGACUACGGUGAUAUUUUCAUCCGUUAUCCUUCCCACCAAACGAUGGUGCUGAACAACACGUCAGCCUUGCCGGCCAAGUUUCAGAUCAUGCCACAAGAAGAGACCACGCGGGCCAUUGCAGAGUUCGAGCCAGACCAGUCUUUCGGCUCAGUGCCACCUGCAUCCUCACAUGUCCUUACUUUCACACUCACUUCACAAGUGAUUGGCACUCUGCAGAUACCCAUUACCAUACGGAUCCUGGGACAGAGUUCAGCGAGGAAUUUGAUCUUGAUUGCCAACACCAUUGGACCGAUUGUAAACGUGGAGCCCAGCGUCGUAGACUGGGGCAACUCACACUGCUUGGAGCCGAUUACAAGAUCUGUGCUCGUCACCAACAACAGCGUGAUCCCUGCCUCCAUACGAUGCAUUAUGAAGAGCAAGAACUCUCUUUGGACGUUGUCGCCCAAAGCCAUGGAACUUCCACCACAUGGCUCCGCAAACCUGAACAUGACUCUGACCAUCGAUGAGGUUGCCAAGAUGACGGAUACUGUCCAUGUCAUUGUGCACGAAAGCAACGAUGUGGCGGUGACCGUGAGGGCCAAGGGCAUUGGAACUCCAGUGAUGUGUCGCGAGCCGCUGGAGGUCAUCGAUUUUGGGACGCAGUACACCACACAGACGCACUCCAAGGAGUUUGUGAUAGAAAACAGAGGGCGGCAACCAAGAAAGCUUGUAUGGACACUAGAGUCCACCGAGGCCAAGAGGAAGGAGCGGAAGCUGGAAGAAGGUGAGACAUCUGUCUUCUCCGUGGUUCCAGAUACUCUGCUUUUGGAUGGCAAGUGCGCUUUCCGCUUUGUUUUCAAUGCUUCGAGCCCAAAGCCUGGCUCGCUGGUGGACACGCUAACCUGCAACGAGCUUUGUGGUGAUGAUCGGAAGGGCAAAGUGAUCUUCCGCUCUGAAUUGAGUGGCAACUUCGUGCUGCCUUUGCUUGAGCUAUCUGCCACAAGCGUGUGCUUCCGCUAUUUGUGGGAGCGGAACUGUCCGCUCCAUCCAUUGUCUGAACCGCUGGUCCUGAAGAACGUCUCACCAUUAGAGGUCCGUUUCUUCAUCAAGGUCCAGCCGCCGUUCUAUGUGAAUGUUGAUACCGUCUUCCUCAGACCGGAUGAGAACGUUGAGAUCCGGGUGGAGUUUGAUCCAGCCUUCAAGGUCGACAGAGUUUGUGGAACAGUGAAGCAGAAGCUUAGUAUCGUCUACCAGGACCAUCCGCAGAGGGACCACGUUGGCCUCAUUGGUGAGGUGAUUUUCCCGAACUUGACGCUCAGCACCAACAAGCUUGACUUCGGCUCUGUGUUGAAUGAGACGACCAAGCAACUGACUGUCACCAUGGGCAACCCCAACCCGCUUCCUGUGAAUUAUCAAUGGUCAUUUGUGGAGGAGGCAGAUUUGAACGACGAGGACUACACCAGAGCUUUGCAGUCAACAGCUUUACAGUCACCGACCACAACAGGCUUAGCCGGAGCUACAAUGAGCCCGGGCAAUUCUCAUACUUCAGGAUUUGGGCACAAACAGACGCCUUCCGCACCACCCUCGGAGACUAUUGAGCACUUCGAAAAGCGGACGUCUGUUGUCAGCCACGCGCCCACAACAAAGUCACGGCGUCCCGUGGUAGACAUUAAUCAGAUCUUUGACAUCCUGCCCAUUAUGGGCAUUCUGGAGCCGGGAUGUACGCAGGACAUUACCUUCACAUACUUUGGAAUGAAGAAUCAGAAGUUCGAUGUCGCAGCUGUGUGUCAAACCGAAGGUGGCCCCGAGUAUGAGGUGGCGCUCAAGGGCCAGGCCUCGAAGCUCGACUUUGUACUGGACAAGACGGAGCUGGACUUCGGUGAAGUGCCCUACACCGAGGUUCAGGAGAGGGAAGUGCUGCUCGUGAACACUGGCAAGGUGGCGUUUCAAUACAGCUGGAACCUUUGUGCUUUGUCCAGACCAUCAGUUCUUGACUGUUGGCCCAUUGCUGGAGAGAUCAAGGCUGGUGAUAAGGAGAGAAUCACAAUCCGAUUCCGAGCAGGCAUCCCGGAAGAGGUCUCAGAGGUGGCCUUGUUGGAGGUGGCUCACUUCGAGCGCCAGCGCAUCCAUGUGCGAGGCCAUGGCAUCUUCCCUGGCAUUCUUUUGAUGCAGGGCGGAGGUGGACGGGGCGAUCAUGGCUUCAAAGGGUUGGAGCGCUGGGAAGAGGAAGCGCACCAGACCAACAAAGAGCUUGCCUUGCAACGGCUACUGACCAAUGGCCCACCGCCUUUGGCCGCGUGUGUCUCCAACAGCACUAACAGCAGCAUGCAGAUCAGCGUCCAAAGCGGACAGGAGGUUUCGACCAGUGAGCAAUGGCAGCCAGAACCACAACUCAUCGAGUUCGAGGUGGACCGACACUACAUUUGUCAGACCCUCUUGUCCCAAGAGAAGGACUUGUGGCAAAAACACUUGGAAAAGUAUGCUGGAAAGGAGCCCACGUUCCAAAAAAGUGGAAGAGGCUCAGCACGGAACAAAGCUGAUUGGAGACCCAUGCUGGAGCUGCCUCCAGUGACAGCAGCGCAAUACUGCUGCAACUUCGGUCACAUUGUGCUGGGACACUCUGGCAAGAAGGUGAUCUCGGUCUACAACUGUUUCCAUGAGAAUGUGAACUUCAACAUCAGCCGAAAAGUCUUGAUGCAGUAUGGCUUUCAGAUCAGCCCAGAGAAGGUGAGCAAAGUCUUGCCAGGGAAAAAGGUGAAGUUGGAGCUUACUUGCUUCAGGGACAGGAGUGGUGAGGAGGGCAAACAAGAAACAACUUGGAUCAUCCCAGUUCGUGGUGGGCCUUUCUAUGAGGUGAAACUGGUGAGCGAGUUCGUACGCCCCGACUUGGAGCUCUCAUCCGAUUCCAUCGACUUUGGCCACGUGCCAGUUGGCCAGGUGAAGAGGAUCACCAUCAAGCUCCGCAAUGUGAAGCCUGUGGUGGUAAGCUGGGACUACAGGGUGCCGACUGACAAGUUCGGCAAACCGCUGGAGUGCGCUUACGUUCUCCAACCUCGUGCCGGGAGGAUUGCACCGGGCGAUAUUCAAUUUGUGACGGUGAGUUUUACUCCCACGGCGGCCAGUUAUUUCAAUCAGAAGUUGGCCUUGAGGAUCAUGGACAAUCCCAACAGAAAACAACUGCACAUGCGUGGACACGGUGAUGGUUUGCGAGUGGACGUUGAGCCGUCAAGCUUUCGUUUGGGACCUGUGCUUCCAGGGACUGAGAACUGCAUCCAAGAGCUCUUCCUGUGCAACCCCACAGAGUACACCAUUGAGGUCUAUAGUACUGAUUUCGACUCCAAGUACAAGGAGGAGGAGUAUUUUCUCCAAGUGUAUGACCAGUAUGAGAACGAUCGUAUGGAGCUCCCACUUCGGCCGCCGGGUGCUCCGACAUGGCCAAAGGUGGCGAAGCAUGGACGCAAAGUUCGGAGAGAGGAGUUGAUCAGGCAGCGCGAGAUCAAGGUGCAACAGAGGGUAGAAGCUCGACAACAGGCAGCAGAACGUGUUGAGAUGGCGAAGAAGCUGGCAGAAGUGGCAGAUGAAGAGGCUCAGGAGAAAGCGAACGCCGACCUCAAGGAGGCAGAAGCAGCACUGGCGGAGAUCGAUGCACUACCAGAGGAAGAGCCCGUGGAAGAGGAAUCUGUGGAUGAAGUCGGAGAGGUUGAAGAGGACAUGCAGCCAGAGAUGGACCCUGCCGACUUCCCGUACAGGGUGCUGGAUGAGGACCGACUUCAUGCCGUGCUCAUCGGCCCCGCGUGUAGUGGCAAGAGCUCACUGACACGGCACUGUGGCCGAGAGGGCAGGAAGGUCAUCACAGUCGAGGAGGCAGUAGAUUGGGCUCUAUCAGGCCCAGCUUCACUACAAUCUCCGGAAGAGGAAGACCGGCGAGCCAGGCUUCGUCAAUUGAUGACGACAGCUGAAGAGCAGCAUGAGCAAGCAGAGAAGGACAGAGAGAAGCAAGCUCAAAAGGCCAAAGAACAGUUUGUCCCUCGGCCAGUUCAGUAUUCCCUUCCGCUGGAGGAUGUGGUGCACUUCCUCCAAGCUCGAUUGCGGCUGCCGGACUGCAAUGCUUGUGUUGCUUUUGACAACAUCCAGAGCAAAUACGCCUCAACUGAGCAAACAGCGACAGCUAUCUUCUCAGCACUUUGGCCUGAGCGUGUGGUGGUGCUUGGCUUGGGUUGCUCCAUCUACGGCGAUGCUUUUGUGCUUGGCGAAGGCAAGCUUCCGGCACUUCCACAAGAAGAGGGGACUGACGGUACCGAGCCAGCUGUAGACGAGGUUGGGAACCUUCGAGCCUACUAUGCUGCUCUCAAGGUGGCCCUACAAAGUCGGCCCGAGAAGCUGGAGGCUCUCCUGACACCUGCGCAGGAAGCGGCAGACGCGGCUCAAGCAGAACUUCAAGAGAUUGCAACGAAGCUGAGCGAGUUGGAAGCGCGCAUGAAGCAGAAGGCUGAAGAAGCUGAAGCUGCAGGGGCAAAGGCAGCUGCAGAGGCCACUGAAGCUACGGCUGGCAUUUUGGUGGAAAGUGCAGCUGCGCUUGAAGACUUCGAGGCUGCUGAGGAAGCUGAGUUGCGCGACGUGCGAGACAGCUUGAAGAGCGCCGAAGAGAAAGCGAACGCCGCGCAGGCACACGUCCAAGAGAUUCAGGGCCAGUUGGACAGCUGCCUGGCCAGCACUCAGCAUUUGGAGAAGUGUGAGGGGUCGGAAGAAGCCUUGACGGAGAAAGUGCACGACAUGGUGUCGGCGGUGGAGGCUGCAGCAGCUGCAGUGUUGGAAGCUCAUCGCCCAAAGGCAACAGAAGCAACAGAAGCGGAAGAAGGUGCUGAAGCUCCAAAGACUGAAGCAGACGGCACAGGCAAGGAAGGGCAAGCCACAGAAGGCACCGAGGAGGAGGCCAAGGUAGAGCCAACCAAGAAGGCGGAAGAAGAGCUUCCGCAGGUGACAAGCUCGGUGCAUUUCAUCCCCUUGCUGCUGGAAACCAGCUUCGAGGCUGGCAUGCCUGAGGAUGAUUUUCCCACGAUGCGUGCUGCUUUUGCUGAUGCCCUGCCACCUCCACUUAUUCCCAAGGAGCCGCCAAUCCCACCACCUUCCUUGGCCCAGGUCGUGGAGCACCCCCCCGUGCGCUUGCCCCGGCCGAGCGUGCCACACUUCCAAUUGCAGACCCCACGGGAUGAAGCUCCAGAGGAAGGCAAGGAAGGCACGGAGAUUGAGCAGCCAACACGCUGGCUCAUUGAGCCACACGGACGUGUCCGCUUGCUGAUGAAGUUCUUUUCGGAGGACAAGUUCGGUCGCCAAAGCGAGAUCGGGAAGUACCAGACUUCUUUAGGCUUUGAAGUGGUUGGAGGUAUCUACGGAAAUGCGCCCGUCUCGAUCGAUGUGGAGGGAAUUACCGCCUUCCCAGGCAUCAGCAGUGAUCCUCGGAAUGUCUUCAUGCGCCGUGUGAAGACCAAACCUGCGAGCGGAUAUGCCAGCAAACAGUACGUGGCUUCAUCAGGUAUCUUUGAGUUUGGACCUCUUUUAGUCGGGCGCAGCCCUGACGCCAAGGAUGAGGCGUCCGAGCCGUACCUCAAGCAGCACAUUGAGAACUUCCGAAUUACCAACAACUCCUUUCUGAAGGCAGACGUGGCCUUCUCAUUGGCAUCCGCAGCGAAAGUUCCUGAUGACCCCAAAGCCAAAGCAAAAGCAGCACCAGCACCCAGCUUGGAGGAGUUUCCUUUCACGAUUGAGCCGAAGCAACUUGAGUUGGAGGUCGGAGAAACAAAGGAGCUUUCUGUAUCAUGCUUCCCAGUGAAAGAAGGAACCUACAGCGACACCAUUGUAGCCACCAUCACUGACAACCCUGAUGCUGUUGAGUUUGCUAUCGCUGCAAUUGGAGCUUUGCCCAAGGUCAGUGUGGAUAACACCGAGCUGGACUUUGACCGGUUGCUGGUGAAACAGCGGGCGGCGCAAACAUUGAAGGUCUCCAACGUCUCCGCUGUGCCUGUCAAGUGGCAGUUUGAGGCGACUCCUUCAGUUCCAGAAGGCUUCGAAGUCACCACGAUGGAGGGUGUGCUGGCAGUGGGUGAGGAGAAACUUAUCAGUGUGAUCUUCAAGUCGGAGACCGCCUGCGUACACAAGUUCAAGCUUACUCUGCAGAUCUCUGAUGUGGAAGGCUUGCGGAGCUGGGAGAAUGCUGCCGAGCUCAAUGUCCAGGCCGAAGCCUUCGUGGUGGAUGUGGUGCCGCAGUUUCCGGAGGAAGCGACCGGCUUGGACUUUGGUGAUGUGCGAGUCGGCGAACUGGUCGAGAAGAGCUUCCAGGUGGCAAACAACGGGAAGUAUCCGGUGAAGUUCCAGCUCCAUAUUCGGCGGAAGAGCGUCCGAGAGCUCGUGCAGAUCGACUACGGCGUGCCGUUGGAGGAGGGGCAGCUUCCAGAGCUACAACCCGGUCAGAAGCUACCCAUCAAGGCAACAGCGAGUGCACCUGUGGCCAUCCAAUUUCCUGAACCCAAGAAACAGGGCAGACGCAGAAAUGAGGAGCUGGAACUCUUGGUCUAUGACACCAAGACAGGUGACCGCGUACAAGUUGAGACUCCGCUGAUUCCAUUGAUUCUGCGCGCCGUCUACAACUCCUUCAGCCUGAUCCCAGCUGAUGGUCUCAACUUCGGACCGGUCAAGAUCGGGGAGUCCGGCACUCGCGAGCUGGAGAUUUGCAACGACGGACCUUUCAAGUUUGACUGGUUCAUUUUCGAUGCAGAAGGAGGUGUCAAGAAACCAGAGACGGCUGACUUUGUUUUGGGAGACUUCAAGCUGAGCCCUGGUGCAGGAUCCUUGGCACCCAAAGAGACGGCCAAAGUCAUCGGCACUUUCACUGCAACGGAGCCUAAGAACUGGCAUCAUCAGAUUGGGAUCCACGUGCCGGGCCUGCAAGAAGAUGCUAGCGACAGCAUUGACCUCAGGGACGGGGACACCGGAUACAAGGAAUACCUGCUCUCAGCCCAAAGUGCAACCCCAGGCAUUGAUGCUGGGAAUGUUCAUAGCAUCUUCGAGGAGCACUAUGUUGCACCCACUCUGGAGGAUGCUGUAGCAUUUGCGGGACGCCUGGCCAUUCGAGCUUUCGAUGAGGAAGCCCGGUACUUUUCCUUUGGACCACUUCCAGUACAAGGCCAAUCAUCCGACCCACCAGAUCCAGCAAGAUUCCGCAUCACAAAUCCGAAUCCUAUCGCCUGCGAUGUGAAGUUUGAGAUAAAACCCACAGCUGUGGUGGGCAAAGAUGCACCGGUCUUGCCUUUUGAGCUGUCCAGCAAGGAGCUUCACAUCCCACCGCAUGAGUACCGCUACAUCAAGGUCCGCUUCACACCACAGGCUUUGCAGAGAUAUUCUGCCAUCUUCGAAGCAACAGUCCCUGAGGGGAAGGAUCCCAAGACAAACAUUCUCAAAUUUGAGAUACGAGGCGAUGGUGCAAUGCCAUCAAUCGCACUGAGCGGCCCUACAAUUUUUGGUGACAGUGGUGGCCAGUAUGACUUUGGCAGAGGUCGCAUUGGAAAGCGGCAGUCUGUUGAGUUCACCCUCUACAAUCAGGGUGAUAUCCCAGCAGCGGCUCGUUUCGAACUCUCUCAGAGUCCCCACUUCACCUUGAGCUGUCCGCGGCGAAUCACUUUAGAACCCAAGGCAUCGCAGAAGUUUCAAGUCUUCUUUUCACCUACUGAGCUCGGAGACUUGAGCAGCUCUCUCCAGCUUCAAACUGCGCAGAAUCCCUACGAGGACGCUCGGGUGACCUUUGUGGGACAGGGCUACAAGGAAGAAGUGUCCUGGGAGCUGCCGGAAGUGGCCGCGGAUGAAGAGGAUGUGCUGGAUUUGGGCGAGGUAUGUGCCUGGGUCGUCAGCUUCCACAUCAACAACUCAACGGCGCACACUCUUCGCUUCCAGUUCCCAGAUUCGCUACCGCCGCCACUGGAGGGCAUCAAGAUCGUGCCUUCGAUUGGCCACGUUCUUCCGGGCAUGAAGAAGCAGAUUUCCUUCACCUAUGAACCACCAGCGUCAAUGAAAGCGGAUGUGUCGAUCCCGGUGCAAAUCGCUUCUAUCGUGCCUGAGGAAGAAGAGGACUGGGACAAUGCUUGGCAUUUGAAAGCGGCAGAUACACAGGAUGCUGAUGAGGUUGAUCCAGAACCUCCGCACACCGUGGUGGAUGGAUCGGCGCGAGAAAUGCCGCUCAGGACUUUGGCAGUUGCAGAUGAGAUGUCAUAUGAGUGCGGUGUUGAGCGCAUCUACUUCAGUGCCACGGUACUUUUCCAGAGCCGCUUGUACCGCUUCACAGUUUCGAACCCUUCGUCCAUUGCUCUUCCCUACAACUGGCGCGUGGUGCCGAUGGAGGAGAGAGAACGCACCGGGCUUCUACCUUAUUCAAUCACACCACCCAAAGGGACGAUUGCGGCGGGUGCUUCUGCAGAGUUCGAAAUCCGAUUCGCACCCAAAGAGGUCGAGGACUUUUCCGCAGUCUUGGAUGCACAGCUGCAUCAGCUAGGAGCCCCUGCGAAUCCCUUUAAAUGGUUCAGCUUUGCGGCCCUGGUGCCACUUUGA